AUGCUAUCCUCGUCCGAGGCAUGCCAACGAGCGGCAAUCUGGGGACUUGGCGGGUGCGGUAAGACUGCCAUCGCACUCGAGUUCGCGUACCGCACUAGAAAGCUGCGUCCGCGCUGCUCCGUGUUCUGGGUGCCGGCAAUCAGCCGGCAGAGCUUCGAGGAGGCGUAUAGGGCUAUCGGCGCGCUGUUACAGAUACCCGGAAUCGAGGACGAGAAGGCAGAUGUUAAAGGGCUCGUUCAAAGGGCGCUGAGCAACGAGCGGGCGGGCGAGUGGCUGCUGGUCGUCGACAACGCCGACGAUGUCGACGUCCUCUUCCGAGAGGGUGACGAUGAAAGCAGACUGAUCGACUAUCUUCCACGCAGCCGCAACGGCUCGAUCCUGUUUACCACUCGGACCCGGAAAGCGGCAAUCGACCAAGUAGGAAGUCAGAGCAUUGAACUGUUCGAGAUGAACCGAGCGGAGGCGCUAGAGUUCUUUUCAAAGACGCUGAACCGAAAGGAGUUUCUAGAGGGUGAUGAAGUCUCUAAGCUUCUGGAACUGCUUGCAUAUCUCCCUCUCGCUAUCGUCCAGGCGGCCGCUUUCCUGAACAAGAACGAAGUUCGGAUUUCGGAGUAUAUAGGUCUGCUUCGGGAAACACCUGACGAUGAGAUCGAACUGCUCAGCAGAGAUUUUGAGGAUAGAAGCCGCUAUCGAGAAAUAAGGAAUCCCGUGGCGAUUACCUGGAUCAUCUCGUUUGAGCAAAUCCAGAAACACGACCCGCUUGCAGCGCUGGGGAACCAGGGGAAGUACGGUGAGGCGGAGGAGACGCACCGGGAGGUGCUGGCACUGAGGGAGAAGGUGCUGGGGAAAGAGCACCCCAACACGCUGACGAGCAUGCAUGAGGUUGCAUAUAACCUGGGGAAGCAGGGGAAGUACGGUGAGGCGGAGGAGACGCACCGGGAGGUGCUGGCACUGAGGGAGAAGGUGCUGGGGAAAGAGCACCCC